GAUACAAAGGAUGGAGUCAAAACCCUCAAGAAUUCCUCGCAGGAUAUCUCUUCGGCCUUCCAGCUCUCCUGUAGGAUCUAGAACUGGAAACAGUUUAUCUGGUGCAUAUAGUACAAGAGAAUCUUCAUGGAGAUUAGAAUCUGGAUACCAGGAAUCCGGUGUAUUGAAUAGUUCCAGUAGAGACUGGAGAAUUGCAGAGAGGGACACCCGUGAAACUCCUUGGAAGCUUACAACGUCAUCUCCAACGCGCUACUCAGGGACACUUGAUCACCCUCAUUCUGGAAGAUUUUUGGGAAGCAGAGGCAGAUUGUCUACAUCUUCCUCUCAUUUCACAUCUGGAUCUUAUGGUGAGUCUGAGAGAACUCAGGGAGCGUGGGACAUGGGAGCAUGUCCAAGAUUGCAUAGCCAGCAGCAAGAUAGUGAUUCAAAGAGACCUAAACUAUCUUGUACAUCUACCUCUUCUGUGAGAAGUAAUGGCUUGGCUGCCUUUUCAGAUUCCUCCUGGAGAUGCAGUAGGAUUCCUAGAUCUUCAUCAGUAAUGCUUGGCUCCCUUGGAAGUGAUCUGGUUAGAGAGAGAACAUCGUUAGAAAGAAGAACAGAUCUGUCUGUUAAUAACCUGCUGGAUCCCAGCUAUGGAAACAGUGACUUUUCACCUUCAACAUAUCUUCAAGACAGGCCUGCCUCUUCAUAUGCAGAGGGAGCAAGACCAAAAGAAAACUCCUUAAGCACUUUGAGGCUGAAUGCACCCAUGAACCGCCAGUUGCCUUCUGAUCAUCAGCCGUCUUUUUUCAACAGAGACUCUAACAUGAGCUCUUCAAGAUCCAGCUAUUCUUUAAGACAAAGGAGAAAUGAAUUGGAAUCUCCCCAGAGGAGUGUGCAGCCAGCAUUUUCUCUUAGUGCCAUUAGAGAUGAAACCCCUUCCUCAAGUGGUUCCGAAAGGAUUUUAUCUUCUCAGAGGUCAUUGAAUGAGUCUGCAGCUGACAGUGAAGGGAGGCGCACAACCAGACAGCUGCUGUCUCGUUUAGCAUCUAGUAUGUCAUCCACAUUUUUCUCUCGAAGGUCUAGCCAAGACCCAUUGCAUACAAGAUCGUUAGGCCCUGAAGAGUCAACAGCGGUCCCAAGAGUUCAAGCUACUGCUCUGUCAAGUAGUAAUGGAGCUGCAACUCCGGGGGUUCCAGGACUUCAGUCAUCUGAAACUUCUCAGGGGUUCAGUUUUCUUGGACGAAGGUGGGGUUUAUCAGGAGUUUCACAGAAUCGCAGCUCUGAUUCUGAUGGGGAAAGUUACAGACCAGACACUGAAAGUAGGAGCACAGGAUCCUGGUUGUCGUCCUCUUUGAGGAACAGAUGUACACCUCUCUUUUCCAGAAGAAGAAGAGAAGGAAGAGAUGAAUCUGCAAGGAUCUCUACCCCUGAUUCAACUGCUAGAUCACAGCAUAUCUUUAGAAGGAGAGAGUCAGGUGAGGACACCUCUCUUGAAGCAUCAGAUAGCCCUCCUCGGUCUUCUGUGAGCAGACCAGCGCCUGCAGUAUCUGUUGUUUCUACAGCUACUGCCUCCCCACCAGAUUCAGCCUCCAGUGGAAGAGGCUCAGGAAUUCUGCCUGCUUCUCUCUUUCGCUUUGCAGUGCCUCCAACAUUAGGAAGCAGUCUGUCUGACAAUCUUAUGAUAACUGUAGAUAUUAUUCCCUCUGGCUGGAAUCAGUCUGACGGACAAGAAAGUGGCAAGUCUAAAAUACCACCUUCAAGAGAUCCGGAAAGACUCCAGAAAAUAAAGGAAAGCCUGCUUUUAGAAGAUUCUGAAGAUGAAGAGGGUGACAUAUGCAGAAUUUGUCAGAUGUCCUCUUCAAGUUCUGACAACCUUUUAAUAGAGCCAUGCAAAUGCACUGGAAGUCUGCAGUAUGUUCACCAGGAGUGCAUGAAAAAAUGGCUGCAGUCGAAGAUCAAUUCAGGUUCUUCUUUGGAAGCAGUGACAACUUGUGAAUUGUGCAAAGAGAAGUUGCAUCUCAAUCUGGAAGACUUUGACAUUCAUGAGCUUUAUAGGGCACAUGCAAAUGAACAAGCAGACUAUGAAUUUAUCAGCUCUGGUCUCUACCUUGUAGUGUUGUUACACUUAUGCGAGCAGCGCUUUUCUGAUAUGUUAGGAACUGCAAAUGAGGCCAGCACACGUGUCAGAUUUAUUAACCUUGCAAGAACUCUUCAGGCACAUAUGGAAGAUAUUGAAACUUCUGAAGAUGACUCUGAAGACUGAUGCUGGUAGAACUUUCAUACUGCAAGAAGGAGGAUAAGCAAGAUACCGUAGAGAUUGUUUGGAUUUAGGCUUAUAUGAAGACUAUUAUUUAACUCAAAAAGCAAUAAGAACUUGCAGUGGUCUUUUAAUACUUGGUGAUGGCUUUUUUAUGUACCAGUUUGGAAAUCUGAGAUUAUAUUUGAUAUCAUGUGGCUGUUCCAUUAUGGAAUAUUGCAGGUGUGAACUCUUGCAUUUCAGCAUUCCUGGCAGAUAUGCAACUUGAUAAAGACCUAAGGUUGUUUAGUUUAAUCAGACUUUUUUUAGAUCCCACCUUCACUGUUCAAAGCACCGGUUAUCAGUGUGUUUUCUAGUGUUGUCACUUCUUUAUAAAUAAAGACAAAAGAGGUAUGCA